AUGACGUUAGUGACUAUUGGAUUGAGCUCUUUCGUAACUCUCAUCAUAGCUGCUUUCAGGAGUAAACUGACCACAGAUGGAAAUAACUUAACCAAUACGGCUGAUCCCUCUUUGAAUCUUAGGAUAGUAUUUCUCUGGAUCUUUGGACUUGCAGUAAUUGUACAUAUAUCGAUCAAUACAGCGAUUUAUGUCGAGUGCAUUCCUUUUAUUUCCACAAAGUCAGUUGAGGCCACUUUCUCCUUGCUAAGUAGUAUUAUUUUAAUAUUGUUUCUCCUUAUUCAGUUGAGUUUUAUUUCAUACUACCGAGGGAUCAGAUUUAUACAGACUACUAUUGUUAACUUUUCCUGCAUUUUUAUUCUGGUGGCAAAUUUUGUCAUCUGGUUUAAUACAUUUAUUAGUGAUAUUAAUGUUUUUCAUCAUGGAAAUGAUACCGUUCCCAGAUAUAGCAAUGCGUCUUACUGUUUUCGAACAUCCAAGAUACAAAAAGGACUGGCUAAACAUGUAACAUCUUUCCUGAUACCAAAGAGAAUGGAGUUCUGUAUCCUUGCCUCAAGUUUCAUAUUUUGGUUUUUGAGGUGGUCUUCUGAUGAAACAAAUGAAAAACUGAAUUAUUAUACAAAUAAACAUUUUAGGGGAGGCUCAACGUCUGUUACAGAAGAAGGACGUCAUAUUAUUGGACAACAUAUUUUUGCUGGAGCGUUUGGUAUUUUUAUGAAUGUACCAUUUUUUCUCACAACAGUAUUACUUAUAUUUGCUUUAAACUGGGAAAGUGAGGACGCAAUACUUGCACUUCAAAUUGGGGAGGUUUUGAGUUCUCUCUGCAUCAUUCUUCCUAUUUAUGUUAGUAGCUAUCAUCUGAAAAAAUAUUUCUGCGACUCUAGGAGACCAGAAAAAUUGACAGCAAACGAAUAUCUACUAAUUCUGAGUUCCUCUGGAACAAUGGCUUACUACAUGUUUGGUACGGUGACCGCAUUCACACUGCCAGGUAAUUUUACCCAUCUAAAGACCUUUCUGUGUACUCGUAUUAUUUUAAUGCUGGAAACUUUUCUACAGACUCACUUUUUGAUCCAAAUUAGACGCUUCCGUCCCAAAGGACAAUCCUCUCUUUUCAUUUCAUCUGGAGGAGUUAAUCUCAUGAUGACGAAUAUGAACCACUGGAUUUUAAAUUCCACCAACAAGCCUAGCUGUCACAGAAAUCUGGAAACUAAGCUUGUGGAUUGUCAAAGUUGGCUCUAUAUAAUAAAUAUACUUAUUCCUCUGAUGUUAUUUUACAGGUUUUUCUCCGGCAUCAGUGGAUACGCUAUUUAUUACAAAUUUAAACCAAUCGUUGUAGGAAAGUAA